AUGAGGAGUGUUCUAUUAGUUUUCGCUUUAGCCUUUACGCUAAUUUCGGGUCAGAAUUGGACCGAAGUUAAUACGAAAGUCUUUGCAUUGUCCCAUUAUUGCACGAUUUCCGCCAUAGUCAACAAUAAAUUAGUUGAGAAAUCGAUGCUGGGUAAGUUCGUCGAUGAUCCGAAAUUCUUGGACUACUCAUCCUGUAUAGCCGCAGAGUUGGACCCCAUGGAUGAAGAUGGAAAGUUUGAAGAAAAUAAUUUCGUGACGCUUAUUCUGGACAAUUGGAAGACGACGAUGAAUAAAUGCGUUGUAGAUGCGAAGAAGGAGACAAGCAGAGAGAAGGAAUAUUUCGAGUUCGCCAAAUGUUUGUGGAAAAAUUUAAAUGAGACUGACAACACUUUUGAUAAUUAAUACGAAAAAUUUCAAUUUCAAACCAUUUGGCUAUUAGUUGCCCUUCCAAUUACUUUAAAUAAUAAUUUUAUUUAUUUAGAAGCUGUUGAAGCCAAAUACCUGGGUAUAAUUUUA